UUGUCCUCACGAAUGAACACACAGCCUCUUUCAAAUAAAAAGAAUGGACACACAGCUGCUCUCGUUUCCUUUGCUGUCCUGAAUCACCAUUCCGGCCUCCCCCGCAGAGAGCUUGUAUACGCAGCUGCAAGGAGAGAUGUUGCUGACCCGGCUACCCAGCUCUUCUUGUUCUUCGACGGCGCUGCAGAGGCAUGCGUGCACCGGCAAGGCCCCCUUCCGCGGCGCCGGAUGCUGCAAGAAGCGUGAGAAGCUCCCCGGUUUGAGAGCCAGAGUGGCCGUCAAACUGCCGUGCGCCGCGCCAGGGAAGGGCGGCAUUGUCCCGGCCGGCAACGAGGACGGGGUCAGCCUCGGCACGGUGAAGCUGCCUGGCAACAUCGACAUUGCUCGGUUCGAGACCCUACUCUUUCAGUGGGGGAACAGCCUCUGCCAAGGCGCCAACCUGCCACUCCCAGUGCCUCUGAAGGUGGACAAGGUUGAGGGCGGAAUCAGACUAGGGUUCAUCGCAGUCGAGGAUGGCGUGACACAGACGAUGGUUUACAUCGACUGCGUGGUUUCUCCAGCCACGGACGGCUCUGGACCAGUAUUCCGAGCAAUCAGGAACGGUCCUAUGAAGGACAAGGAGCCACCUGGGGAGCCCAGGAUCAUGAGAAGCCUUCUCCAGGCGAUCCAAAAGUCUAUUCAAAUUGCGCGAGUUUGACAGUGUAAAAGGCACAUGAUGCAGGGUUGCAAUUCUAUGUAACUACUGACAACCCUCUAAAUCACGUUAUUCUAGUAGUUCUCUCCUUUGAGCUUCCAAAAUGAAGGUAUAAAUUACUCUGAGAAAGUUCCAGGAACA